AAACGGCACCUCAGAACAUAACUUUUAUGGUCUUCGUAGAUUUAGUAAAACUAUUUGCUUCUUUAUUUUCUUGACGAUGACAUUCAAGCCUAACUACAGUAAUUAAUAAAUAAUUAGUCUAUGUCAAUAUAUUUGUAUUUGAGGAACGUGAAAUAAGUGAAAGUCCACUGGGAGGAGCAAAGUAACACACAGGAGAUUGCAAAGAGACGACGCACGGAUUUUGUUUUUCUGCCUUUUUUCCUGCCAUGUUUGUCAGAAGUGUUGCACAAAUAUGUCGUUCUGGCUUAAAAAAUGUGUGCAGUUCAGAACAUAUGCUGCCGUCAGUUGCUGCUAGACUGCAGCACAAUGAUGCCCAAGAACUCGGCCAUCCCGUCCCCUCCACUCGUCUGGAGACGUCCAGUGCAAAGAACCUGACGGACAUUGGGACUCGAAGGAUUUUCAACGCGGACCACGACCUCUUCAGGCAGAGCGUGCGGCGAUUCUUCCAAGAGGAGGUGAUUCCGCAUCACACGGAAUGGGAGAAGGCAGGCCAGGUGAGCAGGGAGGUGUGGCUGAAGGCCGGCGAGCAAGGCCUGCUGGGAGUUAUGACGCCAGAAGAGUGUGGUGGAAUCGGCGGAGACCUGCUCUCAGCGGCCAUCACAUGGGAAGAACAGAUGUACUCGAACUGUUCAGGCCCAGGCUUCGGGCUUCACUCCGACAUCGUCAUGCCCUACAUUGUCAACUAUGGCACUAAAGAGCAGAUCCAACGCUUUAUUCCAAAGAUGACUUCUGGGGAAUGCAUCUGUGCCAUCGCAAUGACGGAGCCAGGAGCAGGCAGUGACCUUCAAGGUGUGCGGACAUAUGCCAAGCAGGACGGCAGCGAUUGGAUCCUGAAUGGCAACAAGGUGUUCAUCACCAAUGGCUGGAUGGCCGACCUGGUGGUGGUGGUGGCCGUGACCAACCGUGAGGCAAAGACAGCAGCACAUGGCAUCAGCCUUUUCCUGCUGGAGGAAGGUAUGAAAGGCUUCCAGAAAGGUCGCAAGCUGGAAAAGAUCGGCCUCAAGGCGCAGGACACGGCUGAACUUUUCUUUGAGGACGUGCGGCUCCCGGCUGAUGCACUAUUAGGCGGAGUCAACAAGGGUUUCUACUACCUGAUGAACGAGCUGCCACAGGAGCGUCUGGUGAUUGCAGACAUGGCCAUCGCCAGCUGUGAGUUCAUGUUUGAGGAGACCAGGAGCUACGUGUUGCAGAGGAAAGCAUUUGGGAAGACAAUCGCUCACCUGCAGACCGUACAGCACAAACUGGCAGAGCUAAAGACAGAAAUCUGUGUGGGCAGAGCGUUCAUUGACAGUUGCCUGCAGCUGCACACUGACCGACGUCUUGACCCUUCUACUGCUUCCAUGGCCAAAUACUGGGCAUCUGAUCUCCAGAACAAGGUGGCCACGCAGUGCCUGCAGCUCCACGGUGGCUGGGGCUAUAUGUGGGAGUACCCCAUCGCUAAGGCAUUUGUAGACUCCCGUAUCCAGCCCAUCUAUGGAGGAACCAAUGAGAUAAUGAAAGAGCUCAUUGCCAGGACCAUCGUCAGCCAGAAGUGAGAUGUCCCUCACUGUGUUAGUUAGGGGUUCAAGAUAGGAAACAAAUAAAAAAAUGAUUAUUACAGAUUAUUACCAAACAUGUUUCAAAGUGUAGGUUAGCGUCAGUUUGUGACUCCUAAUAAAGCUAAUUUAUUUUAAUUUACUUAGUUUUUUUCUUAAAUGAAAAUCAGUCAGUGAAAAUAAUGUACUUAAUGCAGGGGUGCCCAAACCUUUUUCAGAAAUCAAAGGAUGCGGGGUCCUUUUUGAUAUUCAAAAAGUUUAAAACAAAUACAAUAUAGAUUUUUUUUAAAGAACAACCAAGCUUUAACAUUUCACCUUUUUUCACCUGUUUGCUCUUUUGUUAUACUUGAGUUGUUUUAGUAGGGCUGUCAAAAAAUAGGUUAACUCAUGUGAUCACCGUAUUUUUCGGACUAUAAGUCGCUCCGGAGUAUAAGUCGCACCGGCCGAAAAAGCAUAAUAAAGAAGGAAAAAAACAUAUAAGUCACACUGGAGUAUAAGUCACAUUUUUUGGGGACAUUUAUUUGAUAAAACCCAACAUCAAGAAUAGACAUUUGAAAGGCAAUUUAAAAUAAAGAAUAGUGAACAACAGGCUGAAUAAGUGUACGUUAUAUGAGGCAUAAAUAACCAACUGAGAACGUGCCUGGUAUGUUAACGUAACAUAUUAUGGUAAGAGUCAUUCAAAUAACUAUAACAUAUAGAACAUGCUAUACGUUUACCAAACAAUCUGUCACUCCUAAUCGCUAAAUCCCAUGAAAUCUUAUACGUCUAGUCUCUUACGUGAAUGAACUAAAUAAUAUUAUUUGAUAUUUUACGGUAAUGUGUUAAUAAUUUCACACAUAAGUCGCUCCUGAGUAUAAGUCGCACCCUAUGAAAAAAUGAAACUAUGAAAAAAAAACUGCGACUUAUAGUCCGAAAAAUACGCUAGUCAAAGAAAUGAUCACAUUAAUCAUGUACUGUAAGUACGCAGAUUAAUCACGCAAUUUAUUUUGACCGUACAUGCUCCUUGACCUGAAUGGUUACCUGCAAGGCGACACGGGUUGUUAUACGGUUAGUGAUCAGUGCAAAUGUCAGUGCUAAGAUGAUUGACUGGAAAUCGCUUCUUCAAAAUAAACACAGAUGGGACUUUAGAUAGACCUAGUAUCAAGUUUGGAGCAAAUAAAUGACGCCGAUCCAAGUGAAACAUUUAAAAAUGUUCCUGUUUGACAUUCUGACCACAAAAUAGCAUUUAAAUUAUGCAAGCAAGUAAUAAACCUGUGAUUAAUCAUUAUUUAAUCCAAAUUCAAAAGUGUGGUUUGUAUCAUUUGACAGCAUCGUGAGUUCAAACCCCGGCCGAGUCAUACCAAAGACGAUAAAAAUGGGACCCAUUGCCUCCCUGCUUGGCACUCAGCAUCAAGGGUUGGAAUUGGGGGUUGAAUCACCAAAAUGAUUCCCGAGCGCGGCCACCGCUGCUGCUCACUGCUCCCCUCACCUCCCAGGGGGUGGAACAAGGGGAUGGGUCAAAUGCAGAGGGUAACUUCACCACACCUAGUGUGUGUGUGACUAUCAGUGGUACUUUAACUUAACUUUAACUAGUAUGCACUUUGGCCACCCCGACUUAAUGCAUUAGAAAGCAAUUCAUUAAUAGCCUCUUAGUUUAAUACCAGGUAUUAAACUAAGGGAAGGUCUUCCACCUCAGAUUUGGAAAUAACAAAUAAUAGAAGUAAUCUGUUCCAGUGCCAAACGGUUUGCAUCUUGAAUCCUCUGUGAACUGUACAGACAAAUGUGUUAAACAUUUUAGCAAUUUGCGGCCUAUAGGCCUACUUGUAAACAUGAAAAGUAAACCACUGUCUUAACUUGAAUAACAAAUGACUGCUUCUCUUCUGCUUCUUUUACUGGUGCGUCCUUUAAAAUAAA